AACUAGACAGCUUUUGUUUAUAUUCGAGGAGAUUUGCGCGCGGAUUAUUUGACAAGUCUCAUCGUGUAUGUUAAAUUUCGGGCUGCUGAGUGAUCAAAGAGGCAUAAAGAUAAGGGAAACCGGAAUCAGAAUGGAGUGGAUAAAAAGACAUCUUUUCUGUUUGCUUUGUUAUUGUACAGUUAUCAAACACCAAGUUUAUAGUUCAGGUUGUCCGAAAAACUGGCGACAAUACAAUGGAUUUUGCUAUCUGUACACCACAUAUUUUAAGCCACAUGACCAGGGACAACAUUUUUGCGAAAAUUUUCUGCAAGGUUCGCUAGUCGAUGUCGCUGAUGAAUCAGAAAAUAUGCUCAUUAGUAAUCUUACUUCGUCGAAAGCCUGGCUACGAUUCAGACGAUGUCAUAAUCAGAGAUUCUAUUGGACAGAUUCCUCACCUGCUAAUUUUACUGCCUGGGAGAGAGGCCAACCUGAUAACAAGGGCGAAGACGAGCAGUGCGUGUUUAUGUCGAGAAAUGGAAAUUGGUCAGACGGAAUUUGUUUGGAAAGGAAAGCUUUUGUUUGCCAAAAUUUUAAAAUAAACUGCACCAAAAUCCAAGAUUGUUAUGUUGUGAAAACUCUUCCGGCAAAAUGGCACGAAGCAAGAUCAAAAUGUCAAGCAGAUGGAUUUCGGUUGGCAAAAAUUUCCAAUAUCAUCGAAAAUAAUGCCAUAAAAUCACUUCUCAAGGGAGUGCGCCAAGCAUGGAUAGGUUUAGAAAGGCAGAAUAUUUUCUGCUUUAAAGAUAAAAUAUCCUACCAAAAUUGGGAUUUUCACGAGCCGAACGACAGAGCCUUGGUGGAGAAUUGUGUCGCAAUUGGUAAUAACGGAAAAUGGAGCGAUGAAGAUUGUAAUUCAAGUUUAGCUGUCAUCUGCAGGAGAGAUCUUGAUGAAUGUAUUCACAAAGAGGCUAGUGGAUGCGAUGAAAACUCUGUGUGUAGUAACACUGCAGGCUCGUUUACAUGUAGCGAGUGUAAAAAUGGAUAUUCACGUGAUGGAAAUUCAUGUUCACGUAAAUAUACAGCGGCGAUUAUUCUUGGCACUCUUUUUGGAGUUUCCUGUUUGAUUAUUCUCUUUUUAUGCUGUUACGUCUUGAGAAAGAAGAAACGAUGGAUCUAAAAAACCAACAGUAAAAUGUGCAUUUUAUAUAAAGAACAAGAAACUAUUCACAAAAAAUGAACUAUAUUCAAAAGAUAGUACAGUCGCGGCGAUAUCUAGAAGCGGUCUAAAAAUUUUUUUGCAAUUGUCACCGAUUGAGUGAUGGGGUGCAAUAAAAUAUUUUAUGAAAAUCCUUGAAAAACACCACGUUUCCAUGCCAGUAACCGUGCUUUUAUUGACCAAUCAAAAUUUUACUUGUCACGAUUGAGUUUUGACUAGAGAGCGGAGAGUAAAGGAUUACCAAAUGGUUUUCAGCACGGAAAAAACAUUUGGUACUUGUUUUAUAAAAUAACUACAGUGCAACAACGAUAUUUUCAAAAUCCCGCGAGUGCUUUUAAAUUUCUCGUGCAGGAUUGCCUAUCCUGCACGGCUAUCAGUGACCAAUGAAAUUGUGUGUUUUAGUGUAGUUAUUAGGUUAAAGAAGUUCUCUUCUUGGGCAAUUCUGAUUGGUCAAUGAACAGGAGUUUUGGUUCUUUUUUAAGGGGUUUUCAAAAAUAUCAAAAAAUAUUCAGAACAACCCUAUUCAGCUUGAAAUCAAAAUAGUUUUUCUGAGUUUUGAGUUUUUCUGAGUUUUAAUCGCGUAGAUUAAAAGAUAAAUGCAAACCAAUAGAUUACUCCCAUUUUUAAUUUUCGUUAUCCUCCUAUGGCCGCGACUGUAAACAGUCUGAAAUAAUCGUGCAUAGAUUAGUUUUCAUUGUCGCAUUCAUUUUCUGUUUUCAAACAAAAUUCGUAAUUAAGAAACAUGGCGUAAUGUCAAUCCUAAAAAAAUCGGGUGAAAAACAUCAACACCGAGCAGAUGAAAAAAAUAUUGAGUCAUUGAAAUUAAAUUUAAGGCGUGGAAAUUUUAUGUUUAGAAUUUCCUGUGAACUAUACUUUACAUUUACACGUGUUUUUCAAAUUAAGAUAAUUAAAUAUUAAAACGUAAUGGUCAGGAUAGGUCACUGAUGAACCAAAAUGGUAAGGGUAGGAAUUGUGUUGAUAAAAAAUACAAAAACUCUUUUACUAAGAGUUUAUAUAAUAAGCUUACCUAGCCAACACAGCCCAGUGAACUCAAAUGAGACUGGAACGCUUACUCUGUCGGAAGUUUGAAGCCAAGAUGGCGGACACUGAAGCCUUUCUUGUAGGUAUGAUCCAGGCCUCCACGCGGAAAUUU